AUGGUGCGCCAUAAGAAGGACGGCUUCUCGGGUCGCGGAGGUCGCGGCGGCCGCGGUGGCGGCAAGAAAUACAGCAAUCCGCCGCGCCAACGAGUGCGCGACGAUGACGAGGAUGGAGAAGAGGGCGAGCGCAUUGCCAAGAGACCAGCCUUCAAGGCUGCCGCGUGGGACCUGGGCCACUGCGACGCGAAGAGGUGCUCUGGGAAACGUCUCAUGCGUCUCGGCUUGAUGCGCGAACUGCACGUUGGACAGAAAUUCGCUGGCGUCGUUGUGUCGCCAAAGGCCAAGAAGACCGUCUCCCCCCAGGAUCGCGAGCUAUGCGAGCAAUAUGGUGCCGCAGUGGUAGAGGCCUCCUGGAACAGGAUUGACGAAGUGCCCUUCGCGCGCAUCGGAGGCAAGUGUGAACGCCUACUACCAUACCUCGUUGCUGCGAACCCUACCAACUAUGGACGGCCGUGGAGAUUGAACUGUGUCGAGGCCCUUGCCGCUUGCUACGCUAUCUGCGGGCACCUCGAAUGGGCAGAGGAAAUUCUUUCAUCCUUCUCCUACGGCGAGGCCUUUCUCGAAAUGAAUGCCGCGCUACUGAAGCGCUACGCUGCCUGCUCAACAGAAGAAGAGGUUUUGAAGGCUGAAGAGACGUGGUUGGCUAAGAUUGAGAGAGAGUACAACACAAGCAGAGACGACAAGGCGGCGCUAGGGGAGGGUGAUGCUUGGGAGGGUGGCAAUAUGAACAGGCGUGCGCUGGACGAUUCGGACGACAAUGAUGAGGACGACGACGACGAUGAAAACAAGAAUUCUGGCGAAGAAGAUGGAGAAGAGGAACGCGAUCCGUACGGCUUGCCACCCGAUGAGUCCGACGAUGAGGAAGAGAUGGCAGAGUUACGGCGGCGCGUUUUGGCUUCAAAGCCUUUCGCUAAUCCUGAGCCGGAGGCAAAGAAGCAGCCUGAGACCAUUGCGAGACCCGAAGCCCCGCCUACCUUGCAGGAAGAUUCGGAUGCGGAAUCCGGAUCGGAUAUUGACGGUAUGGACGAUGAGUUCGACGAUAUCAUCAACGCAACGCCUGUUACGGAUAGGACCGGAAUAACGGCGAAGCAGAGACUCAAGACUCAAGACACUACCGUGAUGAGCGCGAGCUUCUCAAGAGCCAGCUUGAGCGCCCCCAAAAAGUGGUAG